AUGGGAACCGAAUACAUAGGAAAAAUUGCCCCAUGCUUUACACAUUUGAUAGAUACGGUCAUCAGGAAUGGGAAGAUUGGAAUAUGUGGAGCACAUGUGCGCAUAUCAGACAUCAGAACUGGGUCACUUAGUACUUCAAAGAAGCCUAACGGUGACAGAUUUCAGGUGCUACUACCUUUUGCAGGACAGACACUACAGUGGGAUGUGAUUUUUGACUGUAACUACCCUCAGGACCCACCAGAUUUCAUCUUUUCCGCAGAUGACAGUGAUUUUUGUCCACAUGAGGAAGAUGUCAAGGGUUUAGUGAAUUGGGAUUACAAUGAUCCCAAUAGUCUACUUAACGUACUCAAUGAGUUGCUGAUAUUGUACCGCGAACACCAUCAGCGCCGGAUUGAGGCCCACUCCCGUCUCCAGUUUGAGUACUCCUCCCUCAUAGACCAGGCCAAUCUAUCACCAGAAGACAUUGAGAUAUUCGUACACAGAUCUGAGUCCAAGGUUGGUCCAGUUGUGUUUCUGGUCAAAAUGGCAGUAGAUUUUACAAAGAUACCAGCUUACCUGACCAAGGACAAUCCUGGAGAGGACUCAGCAGUGCUUCUGGUCAAUUUCCCCUCCCCAAAUACCUCACGGAUUAGCCCGCAACUGUACCUUUCACCCAGAGUAGAAAAUGCUUUGGGAGGAUCGGCUAACCUGAGGAUACCUCCUUAUCCCAGUGGUGGCUGUUUGCUGGAUUAUGUUCCAAAUGUCUGCGAACUCUUACAAAAUAAGGUGGACCAGAUAUCAAAUGUUCAUGAAAAGAAGAAAGAAUAUAUUGCUGCUUUUCUCAGUAAUUUUGGCAGAUCGGUGUUAGAAUAUGAUGCAGAAUUGUUUAGUAGGAUUUCAUUUCUGUUUGAAUGGAAUGAUUUCUUCUUUAUCCUUUAUGUGGAGCUGCCUUCAUUUUUCCCCCAGGAGCCUCCCAUCUUUACUUUCCAGUCCAUCUAUCAUGAAUCCAAGGGCAAACCUUACACAGAGACAGUCAACGACUACCCAUACAGUCCUCGCUGGAGUGCACUCAAAAUGGCAGAGAAAGCAAGGGAGUACAUCCUAAGCAAUAUUGGAACAUUCCAGAAAGCUUCAGUCCACAGUGGUUCUCUGUAGACUUUCAUAUCAACUACUGAAAAAUCAGUUUUCUUUUGUUACCAUAGCAUUAUACGAUACCACUUUUAUAUGACAAUUUUAUAUGCCUUUGAUUCCUCAAAUAUAAAAAUCAAAGUCAUUUUAAAAUAUUAUUUAUUGUAUUAUAUAAUUGAGAUUCUCCUAAAUGGACAAUAAAGUUAACCUACCAAGUACAUUGUAAUAAUAAAUGUGUAUUUCAUUGUUUUAGUCUACUUUUGAGAUGAGCUUUAAUACUCUACCUUCAGUCAGUGAACA